GAAAAGAAAGAAAAAAGAAAGAAAAAUAAAAACAAAGAAAGAAAAAAGGAAAGAAAAAAGAAAGUAAAGGGAAAAAAGGCACCCGAAAAAAAGUGGAAACUUUCUCCCCUGUUCAUUUCUUCAAGCCCUGAAAUACCAAUAUGGAUUUAGAGAAAAAUUACCCGACUCCUCGGACCAUCAGGACAGGACAUGGAGGAGUGAAUCAGCUUGGGGGGGUUUUUGUGAAUGGACGGCCACUCCCAGAUGUAGUCCGCCAAAGGAUAGUGGAACUUGCCCAUCAAGGUGUCAGGCCCUGCGACAUCUCCAGGCAGCUUCGGGUCAGCCAUGGUUGUGUCAGCAAAAUUCUUGGCAGGUAUUAUGAGACAGGAAGCAUCAAGCCGGGGGUGAUUGGAGGAUCCAAACCAAAGGUUGCCACUCCCAAAGUGGUGGAAAAAAUCGCUGAGUACAAACGCCAAAAUCCUACCAUGUUUGCCUGGGAGAUCAGGGACCGGCUGUUGGCAGAGCGAGUCUGUGAUAAUGACACAGUGCCCAGCGUCAGCUCCAUCAACAGGAUCAUCCGGACAAAAGUACAGCAGCCCCCCAAUCAGCCGGUCCCAGCUUCCAGUCACAGCAUAGUGUCUACAGGCUCCGUGACGCAGGUGUCGUCGGUGAGCACCGACUCUGCAGGCUCCUCAUACUCCAUCAGUGGCAUCCUGGGCAUCACGUCCCCCAGUGCUGACACCAACAAGCGCAAGAGGGAUGAAGGUAUUCAGGAGUCUCCAGUGCCGAAUGGCCACUCACUUCCAGGCCGGGACUUCCUCCGAAAGCAGAUGCGGGGAGACCUGUUCACGCAGCAGCAGCUGGAGGUGCUGGACCGCGUGUUUGAGAGACAGCACUACUCAGACAUCUUCACCACCACGGAACCCAUCAAACCAGAGCAGUGGUGCCCGGUGCUGAUGAGACAAUACUUGGUGCAGCCCCAGGCAGUCCUUUUCCAGACCACAGAGUAUUCAGCCAUGGCUUCACUGGCUGGAGGCCUGGAGGACAUGAAAGCCAACUUGACAAGCCCCACCCCCGCUGACAUCGGGAGCAGUGUUCCAGGCCCACAAUCCUACCCCAUUGUCACAGGCCGAGACUUGGCAAGCACAACCCUCCCGGGGUAUCCUCCACACGUCCCCCCCGCUGGACAGGGCAGCUACUCUGCACCGACGCUGACAGGGAUGGUGCCUGGGAGUGAAUUUUCUGGGAGUCCCUACAGCCACCCUCAGUAUUCCUCCUACAACGAUUCGUGGAGGUUCCCCAACCCAGGGCUGCUUGGCUCCCCAUACUAUUACAGUGCUGCAGCCCGAGGAGCUGCCCCGCCGGCCGCAGCCACUGCCUAUGACCGCCACUGACCCUCCGAGCCAUGUGGGCGCCCAGCACUUACAACCCGUUAUCAUCGAUGGAGACAGCCUCCCAUCCCCCAAGACAGGCAGAGGGGCCCAACGACUCCGUCUCCCAUCCCCCAUCCCACACUCACUUGAGACGUCCUUCCUCCCCUUUGUCCUGCCUGGGAUCCAGGUUGGAUUUCUCCAUCCUUGUCCAUUUCCAGAGUCACUUGAUGAGCUUCUCCAGGUGGUGACAGGAUCUCCGCCGUCCUGAAGACCAUUGCAGCCAAGCCCGGCCUUCCAGUCCCCCUGACUAUCUGACCAUCUCUGUGUUUCAGCCACAGCAGGCCUGGAAAGGAGAGCUAGCUUUUAUUGCUUCACAGCACCCAUGUAAAUACCGUCUUGCUUCUCUGUGGGCCUGAGAGUCUGACAGAGCAGAUUAGCCAACCCACAGUGCAGCCCAGGACAUCUCCCACUUGUACAGCCCUCUGCCCUGGUGCCCUGGCAGGUAUCUCAGAGCUGUCUUUGAAACUGGCAGUGCCUAUCUUGAGGCUGCCUGGCCUCAGGCUCACUCAACUUCUCUGCUGUCUAGACCACUAGACAUGGCUCACUGGUGGUCAUGGUGCAAAUCUCCUUUGAGGUUCCCCCCAAGAGGAACAUGCUUCGGGGAGACAGCUUGGCUUCUUGUCUCCAUUUCCACAGAGCCACCACAGGAUCGAGAGUCUUUUUCUUGAUCAAGGGACUCCAAGAGAACUGUCCGGGACAUUCUUCAGCUGCCGUUCUAAAAGUACAAGGUUAUCCAAAUGCUGAGUCAUUGUGGCUCUGAAUGGCUGUCUGGAUCAAAAGAUCAUGUGAUCUAGGCCAGGGGUCGUCCUGGCCCCCAGAACCACCAAACUGAAUAUGUUUUCUGAGGCAUGUCCAGGCUCAGGUCACUUUGGACAUCAGCCGUGGAUACUUCACCCAACAACUGUCCUUUGGGACCCCAACUACUGGAUUCUGGGCAAGCCUGUCCCAGCCACAGAGACAGUGUCUAACAGAAAGGACUUAUCCCUGCAUCGAGGACCAGCAUAUCCUGCAGGCGGCAGCUAGGACGUGAACUCCCUCUCACCCAGCCCUGCCCAGUUUGAGGAGCACAGUGUGUGGCUGGGAACAGUGACAGGUGCCUGAUUCACACCAUGCAGGUCACUCUGCUGCUACAGGGGGUGGAGAUGGAGCUCGCUGUGGGAAAGACAGGGGAAUGUGUGGGUGACAGAGGAAGGGUGAGGGGAGGGACAGACCAAGCAAUGAGGAACUGGUGAGUGACUUGGGGUUGAGUUUGAGUCUGGAGUGCCCGGUGACACAAUUUCUUCAUCUGAAACCUCUAUGCCUGCCAACUCUGAAUAGCAGAGAAGAACCCUGGUCUUUCUCAACUGAGGCUGAAUUAUAAUAAUGAGGAAGAACUUGACCAUUUCACAUGACAGUGUCACCAGAGCCUGCUGUAGUGUACUGUGGGGCCUCAGACCCUUUACCUCUCUGAGGCUCUGCUAGGCUGACAGUAGGCUUAGAUCAUGAUUUUCCUUCCUCCCUUCCUCCCAGAGAACAGAGGUGGUGACUGUCACCUAGGUCAUCCCUCACUUUUGAACAAGUUUGUGAGGUCUUGCUAGUGUUCCAAUCAAGUGUAAAACAAGAAUGGGAAACAGGGGGUCUUCAAAAAGACAUAGUUUUGUCCCUGAGGGGAACUGAGGCCCAGCUUAUGGAAGCCCGGAACCAGAGAGGGAGGCCAAGCAGACCUCCUUCCCAUGUAUUUUGUGCCUCAAGAUUCCCAGCAGGGGAAUGGGACAAAAGAAAUUAAGGCUCAGAAUAGUGGAGGCUCUAAGUAGUGACUAGGUUGGGACUUGGGCCUCUGACUUGUGACAUGUGAUGGUCUCUGUCACCUCUAUCUUCCCAUCUCUUGUACCUGGAAGAGAAGGUGGCAGAGAAGAUGGCAGAGGUACUACUUGUCCAAGGACUUCAGAAUAGGCUUCCAAACCAGUACAACUGCCAGGGUUCCGCAGUCACCAUGCCAGAGGCAGGGCACAUGAGCAGGCUGGGUACCUGGGGAACUUGCAAAGCAAAGUAGCUACAGCCCCAGGCCACCUGAAGGAGCUGAGUGACCCACCUCCAGCCUCCACUUGUCAGCUAAGGUAGGAGAAGGCUCCGCCCUCAUUCCUCCUUCCCUGUCCCCACCAUCCCUCUCUUACAGUGAUGUUCACCCUGUGCUUCUUGCAGUUUUAAGCUGUUGGAAAGAGGGCAGCCUCCCUGAACCGGCUGCUCAGUUCUGCACACUUUCCUCAGCAGGGCCCACUCUGCCCCACAGUGGCUCCCUCCCCAGUGAUCUAGCCCCUAGAAGGAGCUCCAUCUUCCCUCUCUCACCUGAGGUGCUGCUGGUCCUCAGAUUGGAGACUAUUUAUUAGACAACCCAAUGGCUCCUGGGAUGCCAGGUAAGAAAAGCACAAGAGCCCAGAGUCGCAUGGCUGCUCACACACAAGCUGUUCUUGCCAGCUCUGGAGAUGCAGGGGCACGUGGGCGGUCUCAGGCUUGCACACCUGCUCUCUCCAGCCCUCACCCCCACACCACAGAUGCACAAAGCCAGAGAACAGAGUCAGGGGCUUUAGCAGCUCCAUGGCAGAAGGCCUGGGCAUGCCUUCAUGGGCCUUCACUCCUGUUUGAACUUUGUGAAAAAGAUAUUUUCAUACUAUUUGUCUAGCUCCAGCCUGAGAUCUUGUGUCAUAUAGCAAACCAGCCAAUCCUUUGCUAAGGCACCUUCUCAGAGACCGAGCCUUCCUGACCGACACUGUAUAGCUCUUUGUAACACUCCACUCUCCCAUGGGGCAAAGACCCUGACAUUUGGGGCUCAUUGUAAAGAAGAGAAUGAAGUAAGUUCUCAAAUCUCUGAGCCACAUUCUUUGCCCACAGAGUUGAGUGCCCAUCACAGAGUAUAUGGCUUGUAGA